AUGCAAGAGAUCAUUGCUGGGCUAGAGCAGUUCACCUUCACCUUCGAGAAGGAUGUAGAGAUGCAAAAGGGCACUGGACUCCUGCCUUUCCAGGGCAUGGACAAGUCGGGCUCAGCUGUGUGCAACUUUUUCGCUAAAGGGCUCUGUGAGAAAGGGAAGCUCUGUCCCCUCCGGCACAACCGAGGGGAGAAGAUGGUGGUGUGUAAGCACUGGCUGCGGGGACUGUGUAAGAAGGGCGACCAGUGCAACUUCUUGCACCAGUACGAUGUCACCAGGAUGCCCGAGUGCUACUUCUACUCCAAGUUCGGUGAUUGCAACAACAAGGAAUGUCCCUUUCUCCACGUGAAGCCAGCUUUCAAGACCCGGGACUGUCCUUGGUAUGACCAAGGUUUCUGCAAGGAUGGUCCCCUGUGCAAACACCGCCAUGUCCGUAAGAUAAUGUGUGCUAACUACUUCGUGGGCUUCUGCCCCGAGGGACCCAGGUGCCAAUUUGCACAUCCCAAGAUGAAUCUUUUAUUCAACCCGAGUUUCACGAAGCUUGUCAACUGGCCACGGGGUUCAGCCCCUCCUGCUCGUGCCUGGGAGCCUCGCAGGCCCCCUUCCCCGCCGGAGGGACCGCUUCUCCCCGCUCAGAGGCCCCAGCAGCACCUGGUCUCCUACCACCUGGGACUCAGGGCGCCAGAGCCCGGCCCGUGCUACAGGUGUCGAAAACCGGGCCAUUAUGCCAGCAAGUGUAGAAAGACUCCAACAGGUAGGAGUUAUCAAAAAGUAACCCCUGGUCUGUGGGGUAACUGAAGACCUUCUAGUGAAGACACCCAGUGGCCACGCUGUGGGGUCCUCUCUGUUCCCAGUGAACCCUACUGUCCGCCUCAACAGGGUAGGAGAUGUGGGAGUAGCGUGCUGCGUUCGGGCUUAUUUCCUCUCAUUCUGUCCGUGAACGAGCUGCUAGAAACACAACAGGACUG